AUGGCUGAUGGAUCACCAUAUGUAGACCGCUACAAAGCUACGGCAUCAUAUAGGCCCAAGGGAUAUAGGGCAAGACGACCAUUCCUCUUGUCAAACAUUGUAACAGGCUCUAUUAUCUCGCUAUUUGUUGUUGGAAUUUGGGCAUAUAGCAUAAGAGCUGUGCGACAGGAC